CUCCGGUUUGUGUUGACACCACUGGGUAACAACAAAAUGUUCCCGUCAUGGAUGAUGUUUUGGACGUUAAUAUUGUGUUUUGUUGGACGACGAGUCACGUUCGCUUUACAGGACGUUACUAGUGAUUUAUUUGGCUCGCAGAACUAUGGCACAGUGGCGGCUUUCGGUGACUUUAACUCGGAUAAACAGACUGAUAUUUUCAUCAUCAGAAAGCAAUCUGAGCUGUUGAUUUUCUUGGCUGAUCUCAAAGCUCCUUAUUUCAAACCUAAAGUCCAUCUGAAAGAGGUCUUCCCUAGUGAGUUCAGCAUCAGUAGUGUGGUACCAGGGGAUUUUGAUGGAGACUCUCAGAUGGAUGUGCUUCUCACUGGCCACCCGAAGGCCUCUUCUGCCUUACAGACAACUGUCUUCGUCUUCUGGGGACAUAACCAAACUUUAAACCAGAGCGAAAGAGUUAAUCUGAACAGGACAUUUAAAGACGAGCCCCUUGUCAUGGACUUUGAUGGGGACAUGAUUCCAGACAUUUUUGGAACUGUGGAUGAUUCAUCAGAGGUUUGCUAUCUCAGCACUAGAAAACCAAAAUGUGAGAAGGCUCUCAGCUCCAGUGUCAACAUGCGCAUCCCUCAUUCCAAUGCUUUCAUCGACCUUAACAAGGACUUCACUGCUGAUUUGUUCCUCACCACCGAAUCAAAUGGAUUCGAAACCUGGAUCAAUAAGGAUGGGAAUUUCACCAGAACCCCACCUGGAAAGGCACCCAAUAACUCCAAGAAAGUGGGUCAAUCUGCAUUUGUAGACUUUGAUGGUGAUGGCUCACAGGACCACCUGUUGCCAGUCUGCAUGGAUGACGCAUGUCAGAAGAGUGCCAUUUACCUGGCCAAGCCUGGAGGUGCAGAGCUCCAUUGGGUGCCAGUGCUGACGGACUUCCAGAGGAAGGAUUCUGUUUGGGGCUUUGUGCCCCCGCCAGACAGUCCUGCUGUGGGAGAACUGCACAGUCCCAUCACCUUGCACUUAGGAGACUACAACCUGGAUGGCUUUCCUGAUGCCCUGGUCAUUCUCUGUAACACCAGCGCCAGUGCACAGCAGCAGGCGUUUCUACUGGAAAAUGUGCCCUGUAAUAAUGUGAGCUGUCGCGAGGCAGGCCGGAUGUUCCGCGUGCACUGGGAACAGUCAGAUCUGAGUGCCAUCCCCCGGGCUGUUUUGGCCACUUUUUUUGACAUCUAUGAGGACGGUAUAUUAGAUAUGAUCGUGCUCAGCAAGGUGGAAGGGAAUGAAGAGCUCGUCAUCCACGCUUUGAAGAACAACUUUGAGGCUGAUGCAUAUUUCGUCAAAGUAAUCGUGCUGAGUGGUCUGUGCUCCAAUGAUUGUCCAGAAAAUGUCAAGCCCUUCGGUGUGAACCAGCCCGGCCCGUAUGUCAUGUACACAUCGGUGGACUCAAACGGUUACCUAAAGAAUGCAUCUGCGGGGCAGCUCAGUCAGUCGGCUCAUCUCUCUCUUCAGCUGCCCUACACCGUGCUCGGUCUGGGGCGCAGCGCCAACUUUCUGGAUCACCUGUAUGUGGGCAUCCCCCGGCCCCCUGGAGGGAAGAACAUAAGGAAACAGGAGUGGACUGCUAUCAUUCCCAACUCCCAGCUUAUUGUUAUACCGUACCCACAGAAUGACCCACGCAGUUGGAGUGCAAAGCUCUACCUAACCCCCAGUAAUAUAGUCUUAUUGACAGCAAUAGCAUUGAUUGGGGUGUGUGUCUUUAUUCUCGUCAUCAUCGGGAUACUGCACUGGCAGGAGAAGAAAGCAGAUGACCGGGAGAAGAGACAGGAGGCCCAUCGCUUCCAUUUUGAUGCCAUGUGAGAAUUUGGAAAGCAUCACAAGUAAACACGGAGAAGAUCAGCCCUGCAUUCAUUUCAUCUAAUGGUUACUUCAAUAAUUUAUUUUCUGUUUGCUCCCACACUGGAGAUUUUUAUGCUUUUAAAAAUGCCUGCAACCAGAGGAAUCCAAAUGAGUCAUUUCUACUGGAUCUGUCGAUGUCUGAAGAGUUUUUUUUGUAUUAUAAUUAUUAUUGUCAUGAUGAUUGUUUACAUGAACCUAAACACAUAAAGAUGUUUGCACAUUGAGAAGAGGGAAAUAAUUUGAUGUACCUUUCAGUGCCAUUUGUAUACUUUGGUUUGGCAUAAAUAUGUUGUUAGAAUAGUCUUUCUUUUCCCACAUUGUUAAAGUAACACUGGUAAAUGUCAAGUGGGCAGAAACAGAACCGGCAAUUUCCUCUUCGUUUCAUCUCAUGUUUUGGAAAUGUUCAUGGUUCAUUUUGAAGGAUUUAAUCACUUGUCUGUCUUAACAUGUAUGGAUGUGCCUGUGUGUGAUAGUUCAUUUAUUUCACUGAAUCCCUUUACUAAAUAAACACUUGGAAUCUAGGCGCUACAUGUGUAAAUUGGCAUAUAUAGCUACAUAGUACCAGGCCCUUUUCUGCAUGUUCACGAUGUUAUCCGCUGUAAACUGAUUUUAUUAGGCAUUUAACUUUAGGGGCUGAAAAAUCACCUGAGAUGAUAAAAAUGGCAUCACUCUGCUUCCGUAACAUAUAGCAUUUACAAUCAACGGUUAUUGCCAACAACUUCCGAGUGUUUCCCCAGACAAUUUAGUGUUAGCUGCUUGCUGUAGCAGCACAAUUUACUCAGUUGCCAUAGGUAACUAAGAAAUACCACACUCUAAAGCAAGUCAAGCCUAACCUAAGUAGUGUCCAUAGCUCGUAGUCAACAAAGCAGAUGUCUCUGUUUCAGCAUGAACUGUCCUCUAUAUUUACUUUCUAGUAAUUCCCCUGUGUGUCGUUCAUUCCUAGAUUGUCUUCUUUCCAUUUUGAGGCACCAUUUGCAAUAUUAAAACUGUGGGUUGUUUUUUUUUUCCAUCAUCACUGAUGCCUUUGUUUGGGUAUUUUCCUUGAUUUCUAAGUUGUAUUAUUUAUUUCUUAUACCUGUUUUUUUAAAACAUGUGCUACUGAAGAAUGUUCAGUGUGAAGGGUUUGCUCUUCCAGUAUGUGUAUAUAUAUCUGACAGAUGCUCUGAUCCAUGCAUUGAUUUAUGCUAAUCUCUUUUACCUUUAUACGGUGUUGUUAUUGUGUCAUAAAUACACAUUAAUUAAGUGAUUUCACUUUCAAAGGCAAAAUCAGUUGUCAAACCAUCACUACGAUACAGCUGCAUCCUAGAUCUGAAUUUUAUCUAGCAUGCAAUUCUUUGCAGAUGGUUUGCACAAAUUGUUUCUGGUCAGGAGCAUAUUUGUCCUAAAAGGUUCUGCAUCUGUGCUCUGUUUUAAUUAUUGAUGAAUCACUUUCGACAUGGUUUGGGUUGGAUUGACAUGCAGUUUGUCAUUUGAUUCUCUUUGAAAUUAUAUGUUGAGAAUAAACAUGACCAAAUACUUUA